CUCAUAAUAAAUAUCUCUUUAUUCCUUCAGAAUUUAUUUUCUUGGUAAAGCCAAAACACACAAAAAAAAACACAUUCUCGUGAAAAAAGAUCUAAGAGAAAGUCUCUUUCCACAAAAAAAAAACAGCCAUGGCUUCACAAUGGACAAUACCAAAACUUGUCACUUGGAGAGUUAAAGAUUGGGCUUCCUGUUUCUUGGCUUGCAAGAUUCCUAUAGAUGUAGAUGAGGAUGCAGUUAAUAACAACAGUAACACAACGAACAACAAUCUAAUGUUCAAGAGGACAAAGCGGAAGAUUAAGAAGAAGAGGUCAGAGAGGAAGCUCAGUCUAAGCCCACCAGGUACACGUCAUCAUCAUCUAAGAAGCAGCAGCAGCGUUUCUCCGACAUCUGCGUCUCAUAACCGGCGGUUGAGCUUGCCGCAGCCUCCGGCCUCAGAUGAACCUGGCUUCAUUGUCUUCUGCUUCGACCGUGAAGAUGGAGGUUUUGACGUUGUGAAAGAAGGGAAAGAAGAGAGAAGAGAGGUGGAAUUGUCAUCUGAAAAGUCACCGAAAACGGUACAUCGUAAGCUCAUUUAUGGAGACCAAGGGGUAAGCAAAGAAGAGAAGAUUAACUCGUUGGAGAUUAAAGAGACAGAACAUGAUCAGGCCGAUAAGACUAUAUGCCAAGAAACUGAAAAUGUCUCUUGUGGUGUUCAUGAUCCGAAGAACGAGGAAGAAGAAGAUAUUGAUGUCUCUGAUAAAUCUAGCGGGUCUAAUCACUCAGAUGAAGGAAGGGGAUCGUUUGCAUUUCCCAUAUUGGGAGUUGAGUGGAUGGGGAGCCCCGUCCUGAUGCCUACACCAGAUGACUUGUCUCCUAAGAAACAAAAACCCAUAGCUUUAGGGUUCCAAUGCUGUAGAUUCUGAAAAGAGGACACUCUAUAAGUUUUCUAUGAGAUUGUUUUGUAUAUCUCUGUUUCUCAUUAAAGAUAAAUACUUUGAAACGACCACAUAAUCUACAAUUUAGACAUUAACUCAUAGUAAUUUAUCAAACUAACACAAGGACCAGAAGAAGUAAGACAUCUCAUGGAUUCCUUGGAAGACGUCAUGGUGUAGAUUCUCUGAGCCUUUUUUUACAAUUUUUAUCUAUAACUCAAUGCUUUUUUUCACUUGUUCACUUUGCAAAAUGUUUCAAUGUCCAUAUUGAUGAUACUAAAUAAUAUAAGGUCCUGUGUUUCAAAAAGAAUAAAAUAAUAUAGGCAGGCCCGGCUUAAAAACA